AUGGCCCUUACCAAGCAGUCUUCCUCACAACGCCUUAACGGCACUGGCCAAGCGGUCUCCAACCUCGCACACAGGCCGAAGCAUACCCAUGCCGUUGCUCACGUGCCAAACCCCGUCGCCCACUACGACACCUCUAUUUCCAUACCUGUCCGAAAGUACCUACAGACAUACGGUCUGACCCCGCCGCAGCCCGACACAUACGAGGUCCAGGAGAAGAGAUGUUUACAACAGUUGGCACUCAAGCCUAAUGAUCUCGAGCGCUUCCAGUAUUUGGCCAACAUCAGAGCACAUAACGUCCAUCUGUUCUACAAGCUGCUGAUUGAUCAUUUCACCGAGAUCACCCCUCUCGUCUACACCCCCACCGUUGGUGAAGCCUGCCAAAAAUGGCACCAGAUUUACACCAAUCCCGAAGGCAUGUACAUCAGCUGGCGGGACCGCGGCCAUAUUGCGCAGGUUGUGCAAAACUGGCCUCAGUCCAAUGUUGAGAUCAGCGUCGUCACAGACGGCUCCAGAAUUCUCGGCUUGGGAGAUCUUGGUGUUGGUGGAAUGGGCAUUCCAAUUGGAAAGUUGGCUCUCUACACUGGUUGCGCCGGUAUCAGACCUGACGGUACCCUCCCAAUCACCUGUGAUCUCGGCACCGGUAACAAGGCCCUGCGGGAGGAUCCUCUCUACAUGGGUAGCCGAAGGGACAAGGUGACCGCGGAGGAAGAGAAAGACUUCCUGGAUGAGUUGAUGGUCGCUCUCAAGGAGCGCUGGCCAGAUAUCGUCAUCCAAUUCGAGGAUUGGAAGAACCCAUUUCCAUCUCUGGAGCGCUACCGUCGGGACUAUGCCAUGUUCAAUGACGACAUCCAGGGCACUGGUGCUGUGAUCAUGGGCGGCAUCAUCGGCGCUGUUCAGCAGUCUGGCAUUGCGCCGCAAGAUCACCGCGCCGUCUUCCUUGGCUCUGGCUCCGCUGGUGUUGGUGUUGCCAAGCAGAUCGUGGAUUACUUCAUGAAGCAAGGCAUGACCGAGGAUCAGGCACGCAAGUGCUUCUGGCUCGUCGACUCCAAGGGGCUUGUUACAUCAGACCGUGGCGACAAGCUCGCCGAUCACAAGAUCUACUUCUCUCGCACGGACAAUGGCGGUCACCAGUUCAAGAACCUCGACGAAGUCAUCGAGUACGUGAAGCCCACUAUUCUGAUGGGCCUAUCUACCAUCGGCGGUGCUUUCACACCUCAGAUCCUCACCAAGAUGACCAACUGGAGCAAGCACCCCAUCAUCUUCCCGCUCUCGAACCCUUCGUCUAAGUCUGAAUGCACUUUCGCCGAUGCUGUCAAGUAUACCAACGGCACAUGUCUGUUUGCCUCCGGCUCACCUUUCCCGCCUACUGAGCACAACGGCAAGAUGCUACAUCCUGGUCAGGGCAACAACAUGUACGUCUUCCCCGGUAUCGGAUUGGGUGCCAUCCUCUGCAAGGCUGUUCAAGUCACUUCGGAUAUGAUAUACGCCUCAGGCGAGGCUCUGCCCACCAUGAUCACUCCAGCGGAGAAGGAGCUUGGGCUGCUGUAUCCUUCUAUCAACCGCAUCAGAGAUGUGUCGGCUCGCGUUGCGCUCUUCGUUAUCCGUUCUGCCCAGCGAGAUAACGUCGACCGCAUGCACCACCUCCGGGACAUGGACGACGCAGAACUUGAAGAGUGGAUCAAGGCCAAGAUGUACGAUCCCCACCACGAGACGCUAGAAUUAGAGGAGGAGGUCCGGGAUAUUGUCACCGGCCUGACCACGUCCUUUUCGCAGACCAACGGCCACGGCAAAGCCAGCCUGUGA